AUGGCGCGGAGCCUGGCGGCGCCUCGCGGCUUGAGGAGGCUGUUCUCAACCUCUUCGUUCUUUCCUCCGCCGACUGCGGCGGCGGCGGCGGCUGAGUCCCGAGUGGAGCCUGAGCCCAACACCAACCUAUUUGUCUCAGGGCUGAGUAAACGUACUACUACGGAGAAACUACGCGAAGCCUUUUCUCAGUUUGGUGAAGUCGUUCAUGCUAGGGUGGUGUCUGACCGAAUUUCAGGAUAUUCAAAGGGUUUUGGCUUUGUCAGAUAUGCUACAUUGGAAGAUGCUGCAAAAGGUGUCGAGGGUAUGAAUGGAAAGUAUCUACAUGGUUGGGUCAUAUUUGCCGAGUACGCAAGGCCCAGGCCACCACCUACCUCGCCUCCCAACAACGGGUUUCCUUGAUACAGUCAUCAAUGAAAUUUUUUCUUCCAAUG